CUGUCCCACAUGGUCUCUAAAAGUUAUCACAAAACAUUGAAGCGGAGUUCCAACUUCCAAGCCUUGUCUUGGCCCCACGCAAGACCCGAACGCUCGAAACCACCACACGACACCACCUCAGACCAUCGAGAUCGCCGGUCGCCGCCGGCACGUCCCUCCGGCGAACGGAACCAGCUGCCCCCGAGGCCAGCCGAGCAGGACAUCGGAAAGAUUGGCCCAGCAGAGGGAUGUCUCUAUGAACAUACCACCGUGCCCACUUGAAUCGAGCAAAAUCAAAUUGAGUUUGACUCAAUCGGAGGACAAGAUUUGUAUCAGUACAAUCUACAGUUGUGCUGUCAAGGUUUAGAUAAAGAGAGGAAGCACAAAAAAUGGCUGAUGCUUCAGAGAAGAAGCCCAUACUCCAGUUUGCACCGUUUCAGAGUGUCGUAGAUGAGGGUUUCUGGCACCGGUUGUCUUCUCUCAAGCUUAACAAAUUAGGCAUUGACGACUCUCCUGUUCCCAUUUCUGGUUUCUAUGCACCCUGUUCACAUGCUCAAGUAUCUAAUCAUCUGACUCUCCUCUCUGAGUCUUUGCCAACGGAAGCAAGUGAGCAAGCAGCAUGCACGUCGUCAGUUAGUCUUGGGAAUAGGAACAAGUGUUCUGUGCCAGGCACGAUUUACAACACAAAUACUCUUGAGGGCUACCAUGCUCUCGACAAACAGAGCUUGUUAAAGGCUGAAGCCAAAAAGAUUUGGGACGACAUUCAUUCGGGAAAAGCUUUGGAGGAUAGUGCGGCGCUUUCAAGGUUUCUUAUCAUCUCAUUUGCAGACCUCAAAAAGUGGAACUUUUACUAUUGGUUUGCUUUUCCUGCUCUUGUGCUUGAACCUGCAGCAACUUUGGUUGGUAUCAAGCCAGCUUCACAGUGGCUUAGCCCAGAGGAGGCAGAAUACUUGUCAGCUGCUUGUCGGGAAUGGAGAAAUUCAAAUUUGACUGCUGAUGUGCCAUUCUUCUUGGUAAGUAUUGCUUCAGAUUCAUCUGCGACAAUUAGACAUCUGAAGGACUGGGAAGCCUGCAAAGGCAAUGGUCACAAGUUGUUAUUUGGUUUUUAUGACCCAUGCCAUCUGCCACACAAUCCUGGUUGGCCUCUUCGUAACUACCUUACGCUUAUCUUCAUCAAAUGGAACAUCAGAAGGAUUCACUUUCUCUGUUAUCGGGAGAAUCGUGGUUUUGCGGAUAUGGGAUUGUCCCUUGUUGGUGAAGCCCUAAUAUCAGUUCCAGAAGUUUGGAAGGAUCUUAACUCUGUGCCUAAUGCUGUCGGGUGGGAGUACAACAUGGGUAAAAAAGGAUCAAAAUGUGUCAACCUUGCCAAAGCAAUGGAUCCAACGAAGUUGGCCAUAGCUGCUGCAGAUUUGAACUUGAAAUUGAUGAGAUGGCGUGCUUUGCCCUCACUGGACUUAAAUGUCUUAUCUGCUACUAAGUGUCUUCUUUUGGGGGCCGGUACCCUUGGAUGCCAGGUUGCACGCAUGCUUAUGGCAUGGGGUGUCAGGAAAAUUACCCUAGUUGAUAGCGGGAAAGUGGCAAUGUCAAAUCCACUGAGGCAGUCAUUAUAUACACUGAAUGACUGCUUGAAUGGUGGUGAGUUUAAAGCCAUUUCAGCUGUCAAAAAUCUCAAGCUGAUAUUCCCAGCUGUGGAAGUGGAAGGUGUCGUAAUGGCUAUACCUAUGCCUGGGCAUCCUGUUCCAAGCGAACAAGAAGAAAGUGUCCUGAAUGAUUGCCGACGGCUACAUGACUUGAUUAAUUCUCAUGAUGUAGUUUUCCUGUUGACUGACACGAGGGAAAGUCGGUGGCUGCCCACACUUUUUUCAGCUGCUUCUAGCAAGAUCACCAUAACUGCUGCUUUAGGAUUUGAUAGCUUCUUGGUUAUGAGGCAUGGAGCGGGUCCUUUUAGCACUUCCAACAACUUGAAAACUCAAACUCUGAGUGGUCCACCUGAGAGUAUGGACACAGCAUCGCUUUCUGAUAAUAAUUGCCUGCAGAGGCUGGGCUGUUACUUCUGCAAUGACGUUGUUGCACCAAUUGAUUCAACUGCAAAUCGCACUCUUGACCAGCAGUGCACGGUCACACGUCCAGGUUUAGCACCUAUUGCUUCAGCUCUUGCGGUCGAACUGUUGGUUGGGAUUCUGCAUCAUCCUCUUGGGAUCUAUGCCGAAGGUGAGCAUGCCAAUGCAAAAAUAAGUGCGAACUAUGAACAACCACUUGGGAUUUUGCCACAUCAGAUUCGAGGUUCCCUGCCGCAGUUUUCUCAGAUCACCCUCGUUGGUCACAGCUCGAGAAGCUGUACCGCAUGUUCUGAAACCGUGGUUUCGGAAUAUCAGGAUAGGGGAAUGGAGUUUGUACUUCAGGCGAUUAAUCAUCCGACUUAUCUGGAGGACCUCACGGGCCUAACAGAUCUUAUGAAAUCCGCAAGCUCUUUUGAUGUGGACUGGGAUAAGGAUGACGACGAUGACGAUUUCGUGGAGAUGUAGAGGAUUCUUUAACCAGAACUAUGCUAGAUUAUUUAUUUGGUCCAAUUGUACAGGCACAGAAGAAAGAAAUGCCAUUUGACUUUCUCA